AGACGUCGCGAUGCGCCAAUGUUUACCACCGACGGACGUCGGCUUUUCUUCAGUUUGCCGCAACGCGUCUAUUGCAAACGGACGCCUAGCGUCACGACGCUCCAAGCUCGAGGGCAGUUUUUACGCGAAGUACCUAUAGGUAUUAAAAUUUUUUUCGUAAUAAUUGUAAUUUAUUAUUAAUUGAUAUUUUUUUGUGUUUAUUACUGACAUUAAUUUUUUAAAGAUAUUUUCGUGAAAAAUUGACAUUUUUGUUAUUGAAUAAGGGAGUUUCAUCGUCUUAGCUGCUGAAGAAGUUUAAUGGACAUCUUCCAAGAGAAAGAAAACCCAUUAGCAACAGAUUUCCAAGUCACAUGGAUGGACAUUCUGGAACUUAAUAAACUCACUGCUGCUGUACAAAAAGUAAAACCGACACCCAAACAAACAACAAAAAUGAAAAUGAGCAAAGUGGGUAACCAGACUAAUUCGCAAGACCCUCAAGCGGUAAAUUCGCGAGUGUUUGUCGGAAACCUGAACACUUUCCAAUGUUCGAAAACCGACGUCGAACGAAUGUUUCAACGAUACGGAAGAUUGGCUGGAAUAUCGAUGCACAAAGGAUACGCUUUUGUACAAUUCACGAAUCCGUUUGAUGCUAGAAGUGCAUGUUUGGGAGAAGACGGCCGCACCGUUCUCAGCCAAAUAUUAGAUGUAAAUAUGGUAGCCGAACCAAAACCACAUCAAACUGGAAGAAAAAGACAAAAUGUUGCCAAAACUGGAAACGAUUGGGACUACUACUACGACAGUUAUUACGCCUCGACGGCCUUUCCCGUGGGACCUACGCGAAUCGUACCACCUUUGAAAAGACAACGAUUAAUGGCGAGCACAGCUAGGAAUGGCAAGAAUAAUCACACGAUAAAAGCAACUACACCCGUGCCGCCUUUGGAACAACUUAAAAUUUAUAGCAAUCAAGACAUCCUCAUUUGUGGAAACUGUAGAGAGAUGUUUUCGGAUCUACACGAUUUGUUGGAACACAAGAAAACUUAUUGUAAGCUACGAUUUACCUGUAAAUGUGAGAGUAGUAGUAAAUCAAGGUCAUCACUCGAUGAACAGACGACAACAUCCCUAUUAUGUGUACAGUGUAAAGAUGCUUUUCAAAAUGCCUGGGACCUGAUGGUGCACGCACAAGCAGCUCAUAUGGUUAAUAUUUACGAAUUGGGGGUGCCAGCUUCGCCCCCUAUAUCGCCAAGAGAUGACACACCUGAUAAGGAUAACAAAUCCGAAGACAAUGACGACCACACAGAAAACGAAUUCGAAAAUGGCCGAGACGGUCUCACAGGUACUCCAGAUUCCGCUAAUUCGAAAAACGACAAGGAACUGGAAGAAUUAAUGGAUGUGGACCAUCAUCGGGCAACCGCUGCCAAAACUAUCAUGCACACCUUAAGUAUCGUCAGUGAGCCAACGUCUCAGACUGGGUCUUCUCCGCCCCCCAUUGCUGCGGUGGUACCGCAUACGGAAAAUGCGGAGUCGUGGAAUCUUGGUAAUGAAAUACAAACAGGAACAACGUACUAGAAAUAUCGACAAUACACUUUUUUGCUUAGAAGCUUUUUUUUUUGAAGAUAUAAAUCUGUGAAUAAAAAUAAAAUUACAUAUCAUUAUAACAAAGAAAAAUGAAUGAAAACAAAUCAUAUUAUAUAGUUGAAAAUUGUAAAAAUUCAUCAUCUUUUAGUGUCAAAAAAUAAGAUAAUAUAAUCUAAGAAAAGUUUUUAGAAAUAGAUAAUUAUGGAAUUUUAAGAUUAUUAUAAAUAAAUUUGUACACGUUCUAUAGUUUGGCAUUUUGGGAGCGAUUUCUUUUGAUUUUGGAAAUCCUAAAUAAUGCAUUUAAUGAAUGUACAAUAUACAAACCAGCAGCAUUUAAAUAUUCUUAUCAAUAAAUGCUGAUGAUACUAUCACUGAUUUAGGGCCGAAUUUAUAGUUGUUCCUUGGAUCUUCCUUGAAGGUCGUGAGUUUAGAAUGGACACUUGCUAUUAUUUGACAAGUUAGUCAUGGCAAUUCUAAACGUUCAAGGCUUCCUUAUGGUCUGAGGAAACCUCAAAGAACGACUAUAAAUUUGGCCCUUAAAGAAUGUUUAAACGCCACAUGAAGUUAGAAUAUGCAUACGAGUGAGAGUUCGUUUUGUUUUUAAAUUGUUAAAUUUGGGAUAAACAUUUAUUUUAUGCCAAAAAUGAUUGGGUGUGUGUUCUUACUAUGGUGGUUGGGAAUAAGCCCCAUAAGAAGUUGCACAAUUUUCUCUUUAUAUUGGUUAGUUGUAAAAUACCAAAAUUUUUAUUGAAGAUCCAUAUUUUUAAAUAAUCUUAGUAGGUCUUACAAGUAGGUAGUGGUGAACUUUGUUUUUUACAAAAUCUGAUAAACAAAUUGAAAAAAAAAUAAAAUAAAGGAGAAACAAAAUGUUAUGUAUCUGCAUUUUCUUUAGGAACUUCACCCUCGAUUUGACCAAAAAAAAAAUAAAAUAAAAAAUAACAAUCGCUCUUUUAUAAUAACAAUCAUGUAAAAAUAAUACAUUUUACAUUGUACUUGUGUGCUUGAAGUUAUUGUUACCUUUGUAUAUUCGCUUCCUUGGAAUAAUAGAGCUUUAUUUUGUUUAAUUUUUAAAUAAAUUAUCGCUAAUUAUUGACCAUGAUGAUGUUAAAUUAAUUAUAUUGUAAAUGUUAAUAACCUUCUUACUGUAGCUGGAUAAUAAUAUUAUUAUUGAUAAAAUAAAUGUCCUCCAUUGUAA